CGCGCUUGGCCAAUCCAAAUUUUGUCAAUCGGUCUGCCAGCUAUUGGCUGAGAAUCAACGAUGGUGGGCGCAACGGCGAGUGUUGCACAGCGGAUCGAGCCAUUGGCUUCUCAUCUCGUUAUCGAUCCGCCAGCGGUGUUAGAUGCGUCAAAGCUGUCGAUCCCAACAACUCGACUUGGCUCUGGUGGCAUCGAAGCCGGCGUCGUGCUCACACGGUUGGGCAAGGCCAGCAAGUCUUCUGGCAGCUCACAGCUACCUGUCACGCUUGUCUCGAGAGCAACGGCACAGUCUACAGGGCGAUUGCUCUCCCAUCUGACGGCUCUCUCCACCUUGCCUGUCGUCUUGCAUCUCGUCGUGCCUGCAGGCGGCGAUCAUGCUUCUCUGGCAUCGCUAGCUGCAAAGAAGGCAGUGCUGCUCUGCUCGAGCACAGCAAAGGAGAUUGCCACUCAUUUUGUCGUUGCUGCUCGAUUGGCCAAAGAGCUGCAGCAGCCUAUCAUUCACUGGUUCGACGAGGCGCUACUCCAGGAGCUAGAGCUACUGCCGAGUCUACCUGCAGAAGACAUUGCUAGCUUCUUGUCUACACAAGUCUCAAAUGGCCAUGCGGAUGGCAACGGACAUGCUCCCGAUGCAAAUGGCGAUGUUGAGAUGUCUGAUGGCAGCGAUACAUCAAACGAGCCCAAGACCGCUCUCGAAGUCAUCAGUAGCUUAGAUCUGCCAGCGAGCUUGGGCAAAUUCGAGCCGAUAAGCUUGCGAGAGGGUAAGGGCGAGCGUGUCGUUGUCGCCUUAGGCUCAGUAUCGUCUCCACUGCUCGCCUCCCUUGCCGAUCAAGCCAAUACAGUCGUUGGCAUAUCCGUCUGGCGGCCCCUAGAUGCGAGCAAGCUCGCCAGCCUGCUGCCAGUCUCAACGUCUUCAGUGGCAGUAGUAGAGCGAGCCCAGCGCAAGUCGGGCAAAUGGAGCUCCUUCUACCUAGACAUCGUCAGCGCAUUGAAUAGCACUCCCCGCGCUAGCUCGCCCCGCAUCGUCAGCGUACAGGCUGGUGCUCUGACUUCGUCGGAUAUCAAGCAAGCCGUCACUACCAUCACGAAGGCGCUCACAUCCACCAAGUCAGACUCGGUGACCGUGGGGAAGUUUGACCGCGACGCUACAAAGCCGGAGCUGCCUCGUAUACCAAAGUGGGAGCAGCAAAAUUACCUAUCACUGCUUGCUUCUACCUUUACCGAUCGGUUUGAGCUCGUCAACUCGCCCGAAUCUGCCGCUUCGGCUGUGCUGGCACAAUCUCCCAUCUCGCCUACAUCUCCCGAAUAUGCGCUAGGUCGACUGUUGCGAUCUGCCGCUGCUCGAUCAACAUUGCGCAAGACAGUCGAGCAGCUCUUGUCGUCUACAGAGAUCUCGAGUGCCCCUGCGCUCGCAAAGGCGCUGACAUCCUGGCUCAAGGCGCCCAAAUCCGCAAAGGCCAUUUCAGACGCCUUGGAAGCCGUCAACGCUGCUACUCUCGACUCGCCUUUGCUCAAGUCGAUCACCUCGCAGAAGAAUGCUUUCGAGCGUCGUUCGCAGUGGAUCAUAGGCUCGGACGCUUGGGCGUACGAUCUUGGUGCAUCUGGUAUUCAUCAUGCGCUAGCGACUGAUGUCGACGUCAAUAUCCUCAUCAUCGAUUCCCAGCCUUACUCAUCAGACUUGACAAAGAGCACAGCAGAAGCUGCAGAGCAGAGGAAGAAGGAUAUCGGUCUAUAUGCGAUGAACUACGGCAAUGCCUAUACUGCCUCAAUUGCUGUGUAUGGCGACUAUAGUCAGUCCGUACGAGCGUUGAACGAAGCAGACAAGUUCAACGGACCAAGCAUUGUGCUCGCCUAUCUGCCAGGUGGCCACGAGGACAGUGUCUCGGCACUCGAUGUACUCAAGCAGACAAAGCUUGCCAUCGAUUCGGGAUACUGGCCGCUCUAUCGCUGGGAGCCAUCGAUCGCUACUUCAGACGAGCGAUUCGAUCUAGACUCGGAGCGUAUCAAGGCAGAUCUCAAGGCAUUCCUCGAUCGUCAGAAUCACCUUACGAUGCUGUCAAAGCGCGUGCCACAGUUCUCAGAAACACUCUCAUCGUCCUAUGGCACCCUUGUCAAGGAUGCUGCCGAACGCCGCGCAAAGGCUGCAUUCGAGCAACUGACAGGCGCAGUCGAUGGUCCGCCUCUGCUCGUUCUGUAUGCGUCUGACGGUGGCAAUGCUGAAAAGCUAGCGAAAAAGUUCACUGCUCGAGCUCGCGCACGUGGCCUCGGCGCUCGUGUGCUCGUUAUGGACAGCUUCAGCAUCGAGGAUCUAGCACUCGAGCCCAAUGUUGUUCUGAUCACGUCCACUGCAGGCCAGGGUGAAUUCCCGCAAAAUGGUCGUCAGUUCUGGAAGAGUCUCGCUGCGGCAAACACUUCAUCGAACGGCCCUCAAGGCGGCGACGGACGAAGUCUCGAUCAGAUCAAGUUCUCCGUCUUUGCGCUUGGCGAUUCCCAUUAUUGGCCUAGACCAGAAGACGCCCAUUACUUUAACAAAUCAGGCAAGGAUCUUGACAAGAAGUUGCAUGAGCUAGGCGCAGAGCCACUCGCCGAUAUCGGUCUGGGCGACGAUCAAGAUGCAGAUGGUCCACAGACGGCCUACAAGCAGUGGGAGCCAAAGAUCUGGAAGUCGCUGGGCGUUGCCGAUGCAGAAGUCACAGAAGCAGAGCCUGAGCCAAUUACCAAUGAGCACAUCAAGAUCGCAAGCAACUAUUUGCGUGGUACGAUUCCAGAGGGCCUGGUCGAUACCUCGACCGGUGCGCUGGCCGAGGCAGAUGGACAGCUGACCAAGUUCCAUGGCAUCUACCAACAGGAUGAUCGCGACAUCAGAGAGCAGCGUCAAGAGCAAGGUCUCGAGCCGGCUUACUCCUUCAUGGUCCGAGUCCGAAUGCCUGCUGGCGUUUGUAUGCCUUCGCAAUGGCUCCAGAUCGACAACAUUUCAGAGCAGAGAGGCAAUUCAACAUUCAAGCUCACCACACGUCAGACAUUCCAAUUCCAUGGCAUCGUCAAGCACAACCUCAAGCCUGCAAUCCAGGAGAUCAACAAGGCACUGCUCGAUACCAUCGCAGCUUGUGGCGAUGUGAACAGAAACGUCAUGUGCUCUGCCAACCCCAAUCUCGGUCCUUUGCAUCAUCAGGUGCAUCAAUUCGCCGUGCAUCUCAGCGAGCACCUCAUGCCUCACACAUCUGCAUACGCUGAGAUUUGGCUCGACAAGAAGCUCGUCAAAGGUGAUGCUGUUAAGGACAACGAGCCUUUGUACGGCCCGUACUAUUUGCCGAGGAAAUUCAAGAUCGCUAUCGCUGUGCCGCCGAACAACGAUGUCGAUCUAUUCGCAAACGACGUUGGCUUUAUCGCCAUCACGAGUUCAUCUGGCCAGCUUGAGGGCUUCAACUUGACUAUUGGCGGAGGUAUGGGUGUGACGCAUUCGAACAAGAACACAUAUCCUCGUCUGGCCGACGUCAUUGGCUUUGUGACGCCAGAAGAGGCCGUCAUUGCUGCCGAGAAGGUCAUGCUCGUGCAACGCGAUAAUGGCGAUCGCACUAACCGCAAGCAUGCUCGACUAAAAUACACCGUCGAUACGAUGGGCGUCGAUCGGUUCAAGGCAGAAGUCGAGAAGCUACUUGGCUACGAGCUCAAGCCCGUCAGACCGUACCAUUUCGAUAGAAACAUCGACUUCUUUGGCUGGCAAGAUGCACCUGACGGUCGCAAAGCCUUCACUUGCUUCAUCGAGAAUGGCAGAGUUGAAGACCGACCUGGCCAGCCCUUCAAGACCGGUCUGCGCGAAAUUGCUAAGGUCCACAAGGGCGUCUUCAGGCUGACCGGCAACCAGCAUCUCAUCAUUGCCGACAUACCUGCCGAUCAGGCUGACACUAUCCAAGGACUGCUCAAGAAGUACCAUCUCGAUAACGUCGACUUUACCGGCUUGCGAUUGAGUAGCAGUUCUUGCGUCGCGCUACCGACAUGCGGUCUCAGUAUGGCCGAAGCAGAGCGAUGGAUCCCCAAACUCAUCGAUCGGCUUGACACCAUUGUCGAAGGCGAAGGGUUACGAAGUGACUCGAUCGUGCUAAGAGUGACUGGAUGUCCCAAUGGUUGCGCGCGUCCUUGGCUCGGCGAGGUCGGUUUGGUCGGCAAGGCACCUGGUGCUUACAUGAUGAUGCUUGGCGGAGGCUACGCUGGUGAUCGUCUCAACAAGCCUUACAAGGAGUCUGUCACCGAAGACGAGAUUGUCGAGAUCCUGACGCCUAUGAUCAAGCGGUACGCCAAGGAACGCUUCGAAGGCGAGCACUUUGGCGAUUGGACCAUUCGUGCUGGUUAUAUCAAGCCGACGACAUCUGGCAAGUCCUUCUACGAGGACUCUCCGCUUGCGUGAGCGCAAAGUAGAUCUGUACAAUAUGCAUCUUGCUGCAUGG